AUGCAGCAACCAUGGCAAAUGUUUCUAGUUACGCCUUCAUUUCCUCCUACUAACAUCACGACUGAGCAGAUUCAAAAGUACCUUGAUGAGAACAAGAAGUUGAUAUUGGCGAUUUUGGACAAUCAGAAUCUUGGAAAACUUGCCGAACUUGCCUCCGCUCGCCGGUCCCUUUGCCGUCCGUCAACGAGGAUCUCCCCCACUCUCCCGAAUUUUGCAGACGAUACGGACGCACAACAGACUCCGAUCGGGGAUUAUAUUUUUCCUCUCUCAACUGAAGAUUUUAAAGAUUCAGUUCACCGGGCUGCAUUGAAUUUGGGAUAUAAUGAGUCCAAAACAGCAACAAUAAUGGCAUCUUUUAUCCUCCACAAAACACGUGAAAGGUCUCCUUUCACCAAAGCAGCCCUGAAGACGCUCGAAAGCAUUUGUGCUCUGGAGCAGUUCUUGAUGACACAUAAGAAGGAUUAUUUGGAUCUCCGUCGUACCACUGAACAAGAGAGAGAUAGCAUAGAGCAUGAAGUUACUGUAUUCAUCAACUCAUGCAAAGAGCAAAUAGAUGUUCUCAAGAAUAGUAUAAAUGAUGAAGAAUCAAAUUCAAAAGGAUGGCUUGGUAUCAGGAGUGACAACUUGAAUGCUGAUACUAUAGCACACAAACAUGGAGUGGUAUUGAUUUUAAGCGAAAAGCUUCAUUCAGUUACAUCGAAGUUUGAUCAGCUGAGAGCCAUACGUUUCCAAGAUGCUAUUAACAAAGUUACGCCAAGAAGAAAACUGAAGAGUGGCAUAAAAAAUAUUACAGAGUCUAGCAAUUUGCAGUUCACCGAAGCAAACAAUUCAAAGGUUGGGGAGGCUAAUGAUUUUCAAGCAGAGCCCAUCGGAGUCCAGCAGCAAGUUCUAGAUGAUGAGACACGCUCUCUCCAGGCUGUUGAAGCAACAAAGAAUGUACAGCUUGAGCAUGAACAUGAAGAAAGCUGUGCUGCAGUACCGUUCGUCCUGGGAAAGGAUUUGCAUAAAAGCCUUCCUCAAGUUUUGGAGAAUCUCACACUAACCUGGGAUGUGGUGCUCCAAUCCUGUUCUCAUCAAAAUGUCGUCAACGAAAUUAUCGGGCCGAUUUUUCACUAUUGGCUUAGUGGCUUCAUGGUAUUCAUCCAACAUUGGGGUUUUGCUUUUGAACAAAUAUUUGUUGAGCAAUUAUGGAUUCAAAUGGUCCCGAUGCAGACCAUAAGAUCUAGGUUUCAGUUCAUCAAGAUCUCGGCUCUCAGCUUCAUAUUCUGUGCUUCCGUUGUCAGCGGGAACAUUUCGCUCAGGUAUUUGCCAGUCAGCUUCAACCAAGCCAUCGGGGCAACCACGCCUUUCUUUACAGCCGUGUUUGCGUACUUGAUUACGUUCAAAAGAGAGGCGUGGUUGACUUAUGUAACGCUGAUUCCAGUGGUUACCGGGGUCAUCAUUGCCAGCGGGGGUGAGCCGAGUUUCCAUUUAUUUGGAUUUAUUAUGUGUGUCGGUGCAACUGCUGCGAGGGCACUCAAAUCAGUUGUUCAGGGGAUUCUGCUUUCUUCCGAAGGGGAGAAGCUGAAUUCUAUGAAUCUGCUCAUGUACAUGGCUCCUAUAGCUGUCGUACUCCUAAUUCCCACUACACUCUUAAUGGAAGAAAAUGUAGUUGGCAUCACAUUGGCACUUGCAAGAGAUGAUAUCAGAAUUGUCUGGUUACUGUUAUUCAAUUCUGCGCUUGCAUAUUUUGUGAACUUGACCAACUUUUUGGUCACAAAACACACCAGUGCUCUGACUCUUCAGGUCCUGGGAAAUGCAAAGGGAGCAGUUGCAGUGGUAAUCUCCAUAUUGAUAUUUAGAAAUCCCGUCUCUGUUACUGGAAUGCUUGGGUACUCUCUGACAGUCAUUGGUGUUAUCCUCUAUAGUGAAGCCAAGAAGCGUAGUAAAUGA